GAAGAUAUGAGAAAGGCUGACUACGCUUCAACUUGCAAUGUGUUUAGAACAGCUUAUAAGAUUGGCAAGCAUGGGCGUCCCUUUACAGACAUGCCAAUAGAUGUCCAGUUGCAAGUCUUAAAUGGUGUCAAGAUGGGCAGAGUUUUGCACUCUAAUAACUCAUGUGCAAAUAUACUGGAUCACAUUGCAGCUGAAAUGAAAAAGAAGGUAGUCAAUGACAUAGUGAUGAAUGAAAGAAAAUUGUGUGUGCUCAUUGAUGAAUCCACUACAAUAAGUGGAAAGUCUGUGCUUGUCGUGUGCCUGCGGUCAGCUAUUUCCAGUGAAAAUCCAGACACAAUAUUUUUUGAACUGAUUGAGCUGCAGGGGACCACAGCAAAGGACAUCACUGAAGCACUGUUAGGAUGUCUUCAUAAUAAUGGCUUUGACCCUCACUACCUACAGGAACAUUUGUUGGCAUUUGCUUGUGAUGGAGCCUCAGUGAUGCUUGGGAGGAAAGCAGGAGUUGCUGCGCAGCUUUGUUCCAAAUUCCCUUACCUGUUUGUCUGGCAUUGUUCCAAUCACAGACUGGAACUGGCAGUUUGUGAUGUUUUGAAGGAGGUAGGAGGAAUCAACCACUUUAAAAUAUUCUUAGAUCAGCUUUACUCCCUCUACCAUGCAUCACCAAAAAACCAAAGGGAGUUAACCGAGAGUGCUCACAAUGUUGGACAACGUCUCCUUGUGAUAGGCCGUGUUUUAUCAGUGCGUUGGGUUGCUUCAAGUGAGAGAACAGUGAAAGCAGUAUGGGAGAACUACCAAGCUCUGCAGGUACACUUUACAAGUGCUGCUGCUGAUACCAGCAGGGACUCAAGAGAGAGAGCAAAAUACAAAGGACUCAAUGAUGUUCUCACUACUGUUUCUUUUGUGGUCAAUCUUGGCAUCAUGUAUGACGCUCUCACAGAACUCAGUGACCUCUCAAGAAUGCUCCAGAGACGGGACAUGACUUUGGAUCAAGCCGACAGGCAGCUGGACCGACAAAUCCGGGUGUUUGAGUCAAUGGUAUCCACACCUGGUCCCUACACACAAACUGCCAUUGAAGCUGAAAAGGAGAAAAUCUUCAGAAAUGUAUGCCUGCAUGAAAAUCAGAGGGUUAUAAAAAUCAACCAUGGCCAAUUUUUCCGUAGCCUGGCUGAAAAUGUUAAGUGCAGGAUGACUCCAACAACUUCCUCGCAUGUCAGUAAAACCUCAUCUGAAAAGACAGAUAGUCACCUCCUCUCAGACAUCAAGGUCCUCCAGUCUGACUCCUGGCCUGCAUCUCUAGAUAUUCAGUAUGGGGAUGCAGCGGUCAGACGUUUAUGUCAGAGAUUCAGAGUUGGGGAGAGGGAAAGUGUCCUAGGAUUUAGGGAGUAUAAAGACCUUAAAGCUUCCAAGACACCAGCAGCCCUGAAGCCGCUUCUUACAGCUGUCCACACCAUUGCAGUAUCAACAAGUGAAUGCGAGCGAGCUUUCAGCUCAAUGAAUGAUACUUUGACAGAUAAAAGAAACUCUCUCGACAUCAAAAGGCUUUCAAAUCUGAUUUUCCUGAAAUGCAACGGACCACCCUUGGAUCAGUUUAACGCACAAACAUAUGUGCAGACAUGGCUGGCACUAGGGAGGAGAAGUGCAGCAUCCACAAACUGCGAAGCCCAAAGUAAAAGGAAAGUGGAGCCCAAAACGUGCUGGAGCCUUUUCUAGGGGUAAAGAAAUGAACCAUCUUCAAGACUCAAGAUUAUGUUCUACUGUUCUAUGGUUAUUAUGUUUGGGUUGCUUCAAGUGAGAGAACAGUGAAAGUAGUAUGGGAGAACUACCAAGCUCUGCAGGUACACUUUACAAGUGCUGCUGCUGAUACCAGCAGGGACUCAAGAGAGAGAGCAAAAUACAAAUUAUUUUAUAAUUUAUUUUAUAUACAUUUUGUGUAAAAAAA